UUCCCCUCAUGGUGACAGGGGCUGGUCAUGGCACCGAAGGUGAAUAGGAAAACUGUAAAGAAAAAGAAAACGGAAGAGCCAGAGUUGGAACCCCUUUGCUGCUGCGAAUACAUAGAUCGAAAUGGGGAAAAGAACCAUCUGGUUGCUAGUUUUUGUGAUUGUCAAGAUCUUGAUGAAGGUUGUGACAGGUGGAUUACAUGUAAAUCCUUGCACCCGGAGACUUUUGAGAGAAUCAUGGACACAAUCUCGGAUCGUUUCCGAAUUCCCUGGCUUAGGGGGGCCAAAAAGGUCAACAUUACCAUUAUCCCACCACUUAUCCUCCUGCCAGUUUUUCUCCAUGUAGCUUCUUGGCAUCUUCUGUUGGGCAUUAUCAUCUUGACCUCCCUUCCUGCCCUGGCACUGGGGUAUUACUACUUCACCCACAGGAGGAAAGACCGGACCCUGUUUUUUCUGAGCUUGGGGCUGUUCUCCUUGGGCUACAUGUACUAUGUGUUCCUUAAAGAAGUGGCCCCCAAAGGCCGGGUGGGACACGGACAGCUGGUUAUUCUCACUUGUGGAUUAUUUCUGAUACUCAUAGCCCUACGUCAAGCCAAGAAGAAUCCUGGCUACCUCAAAAGUCCAGUACAAAAUGGCAGCCUUCCAAGCAACAAUGCAGUUGAGUUAUUAAACAGAAAAGGGCAGGAGAAAGUAAAAGGAUUUUCUGGAGACUCACUGGGCAGUGUCAACAAUAGAAUGGUAAAGGAUGACCCUAAGAGCUAUUCUAGAACAUUAGUUGAGAGCCCCAACAAGGUGAAGGAAGACUGGUGUGCCAAGUGCCAGUUGGUGAGGCCAGCCCGGGCGUGGCAUUGUCGGAUAUGUGGAGUGUGUGUGAGAAGAAUGGAUCAUCAUUGCAUCUGGAUCAAUAGCUGUGUUGGAGAAUCCAAUCAUCAAGCAUUCAUCCUUGCACUGUCAGUCUUCUUAGUCACCUCCGUGUAUGGGAUCACCCUGGCCUUGGACACCAUCUGUAGAGACAGGAGCAUCUUCACAGCUCUUUUCUACUGCCCAGGAGUUUAUGCAAACUACAGCUCUGCUCUCUCCUUUACCUGCGUAUGGUACUCUGUGAUCAUAACAGCAGGCAUGGCCUAUAUUUUCCUGAUCCAACUGAUAAACAUCAGUUACAAUGUGACUGAGAGGGAGGUUCAGCAGGCCCUUCGAGAGAAGACCGGGCGCCGGCUCCUAUGUGGGCUGAUCGUGGACACAGGCCAGUAUAACCGGGGCUUCCUACGGAACUGGCAUCAGUUUUCAAGCCUGGGCACACGCACACUCCACCCCCCUGCCGAAGACAUUGUCUGAAAUGCCUUCUGUGCUGAUCUCGGCAGGGGACGGUGCCGCGGGGAUCGCACUUCCACUUAACCCUUUGGUGUCCUUUGCAGGCUUCUCAUUCUAACACCAGUUUCUUAAAAGGCACUACAAGGCCAAGCUCAGGUUUUUGAGACUGUAACAGAAAGAAACUCAAUAUCUUCCUGACCUCACAAUUUAGAGAUUUUUAUAUUCAAAUAGUGAAAGUAGAGCCAUUCAUUUCUGAACACCUCCCUAAUGAAUUCAUCACCAGGAGCUGAAAAGGAUAGAGAUUGAGGAGUACAGACUGACAAGAGAAGUAAUUUUUCACUCAGUAAAAUGAAAACUGCUUCACAAUUCGGGUGAUGGAUUUGAAAAAUCUUAAGGGUGGGUGGGUGGAGGAUGCUUUGUAUAUAAUGAAUAUGCAAGUAUUUAUUUGCAUAGGGACAAUGAGGUUAAGAAGUGACCACUGGUUUUCACAUUUCUGGGUGGAAAGUGAUUGCAAAUGUAUCUUCUGGUAUUCCAGAUAGCACAGUUUUCUAGGGAUAAUUAUAUGGUAAUUGUCACUUUAUAAAGUAUAAGGCAUUAAGAAGCAGAGCAGAAACUUAGACGAACCAGGGGCCUAAUCUAAUGUUACACAUCUAAUCGUGAAGGAAGGACAAUCAAAUAUAAUUAUAAAGACAAUUGUUACAGUCAAUAUUGUGUAUAGCAGUAAUUUCUAAGUCUAGAUGCAGAACCUUAUGUGUGUGUGUGGGUAUGUAUAUUUUUUUACCUAAGGAUGUAUCUGUUCAAUAUAAAUAAUACCAGUAGUAAUUCAAGUUUUCCAUGGUUCACCUGGUAAGGUGUUGGCGUAAGAUUGUGAUGAUUUCCACAAAAGGAGAAGUACUUGCUUCUGCCUUGUGGGAGUGAUUAAUACCAAGGGCUUAAUUUUUUUUUUCCAUCUUAAGUAUUUAAAAAAGUCAACAGUUUCUAGCAGUACGUUGCAGAACCCAUGUUUUAAUAUUCCACUUGUUAUUCCAGCAUGAACUGUCAUUUUGGGAAGUUAGUUGGUAUCUCUUCCCAUUCCACUUAUAUGUUGUUUUCCAUUUACCCUUUUCACAUCUUCUCAGUUUCUACAAAGAGGAAAAAAAACAGGGUAUAUACUAUUUCCUCUAAUUAAUGAAUUACUCCUUUUUCCUGAUUGUUCCCCAAAAUUCCACUAAAUCGUGUAUUCUUAUUUGCACUUCAGAAAAUUAAGAUAGUUCAAAGAAGUAGCAUUUCUGCACUAAGGGUUAUUCAGUCUUAGAAAAUAUGAUGUAGAAACAAGAUGAUUCAGUUUGGGGGAGGGAGUAACAUCCUUGAUGUCAUGGAUACAACCUUUUGUAAGCCCAAAGAUAACCAGUAACUCCUUAAAGAUGACUUUGUUUACAGCCAGUGAAGGGAAAAUACUGCCACCUUUUUUUAGUCUUUCUAUGAAUGUUACUUUAGAGAGUUUUUAUUAUAUCUCCAUAAACUGUACAUAAUUCAGAAAUGUCAGUACUUCCUAUAACUUUCAUUUGCAACUAUUUCUAUCCCUGGUCUCUUGGUGUUAGCUGACAGUUUUUAGCUCAUUAGAACAACCAGAUUUCACACAGGCCUGUAACUUGACUCCCGGUGAGAAAUUGCUUCCUGUGGCAACUGACUGUAGUUGUUUAUUUAACCAGUGGUAAAGCAGGAGUCCCAUUGGGAUAAGUACAGGAAGGCAGCAUUGGGGAACGUAACUAGAGCUGUACUUCUCAAAUACAUAGUUGCUUCCUUGGUCAAGUGUUCCAGGGAGGGAAAAGAUAUUUUAUAAUCUUAGAAACUUGUAAGAUUCUUGUCUCUAUAAUUUUUUUGAUAAAGAAAAAUGAAUUUUGUUAUUUACCACUUCUCCUGAGUGCCAGAUGUAUGGUGAUGUACCUUAUUUUAGGCCACGUAUUUUAAUUUCUUACUAGUUAUCUUACUGAAACUGUUGACUACAAUCAGAAUAAUGGGCAAGUUUUCCCUCACACUUAUUACCUUCAUCAUACUCUUGUGAAGGUGAAAAUGAACUGCAAAAUGACCAAAGACAGGUGUGAUUCAAGAGGUAUGCAUCAAUCCAUAGGACUGGAUAACCAGCACCCAAAUAUUUAAAAAUAUGGUUGUAACUCCUUGGCUGUAAAGGAGCCAACCUUCCAGGCUCCACUUGGGAAGGAGCUGAUUCCUUGGUGUCACUCUGUCUUUCUUUUUGGCAUUCAAUAAGUAGAUGUGUGACAUUUCCCCUUCCCACAAAAGCAUCAUUUAUUGGUGUUGGAGCCUUUGGGAAUUUUGGAUCAGCAAUUUCCAAAAGAAGCAAAAAAUGUAAAAAUCUAUUCGAGAUUGAGUUAGAAUAGGUAAAAUACUAACAUGUUGACAGUCUGUAUAUUCCAAUUUUAAUCAGUCAUUCAAGAGGGUGUCCAUUAAUUGGUAGACGGGGGCCUUAGCAUAUCCAAAAGUCCCUUUUUGGUCUAGAGCUGUAUGUAGGGAAUUUUCUGUUCUAGGUUUAGAUGAGAAAUUCUUCUAUAGCAGUUUCCUAAGUGUAUUCUUCUCAGCAACCCUGUGAGCCAAGUAGCAACUAUCAGUAGUUGUAAUCCCAUUUUAUAAAUGGGGAUACUGGGACUCUUUGAGGUUGUGACUUGCCAACAGCCACUCAGUUGAAGCUGGAACAAGUCUGUGAUGGAGCCAGGAUUUGAAACCACAUCUUUCAACAUCCAGUGCCCUUUCCACUGUACAACACUGCCUCUCACCACCAUGAUGACCUAUGGUGAAUUGCAGAGAUUCAGAAGACCACGUGACAUAAAAAUGAGCUUUGGGUUCUCCUCAUAGUCUUAUCAGGAUCCCAUAGAGUGGGUCUUAGGGGGAAAUCCACUUACUCCAGGGCACUCUAGACUGGGCCAUUCUAGUCUUGGAUCUCCCUUCUAGUCCAAGACUAGAAGAGGUCACGUCUCGCUUUGGUCCAGAUCCACAGCCAGUGGUAAUUCCUAUGAUCCAGUGAUUAUAAGCAAUAGGUAUGAAGCAUAAUAAAUUAUUUCCUUUCCUUUAACUCUUAAGGAAAAAUCAUGCCACCUAGUUGUGCUCUUGCAAAUCUCAUUUAGUCAUGCGGCAGUCCCAGGGAAAGGAGGGAAAAACAGAAUCAACUGGAAAGAUUCAAAGGAAGGAUUUAGUAAAGGACUAUGAGAAGAGUAAUGCCCAAUUAGAUACAGAAAAAGUGAUGCAGAAGAAGCACUUUAUUAAGGGCCUACUCUAAUACACACAAUUACCAACAUAAUGUCUUUCAGUUUUCUGGGGAUCCUUGAUGAGAAUAUGACCAUGGGUAUGUUUAUUAGGGUUAUUUUGCCUUUAACUAUGCUGAUUGUGUUUCCCUGUGUAUUUGUAUUUUUUUGUAGAAAAUUAAGUGUUUUAUAAAUCUGGAUCCUGCACACCAAUAAUUUGGUGAACUUCAUGAUCACCAUUUUAUUUUGCCUGCCAUGCUGUGUGACAGCGGUGCUUUCUCGUUCUGAUCUGAUUAUGGUCUCUUUGACCAACUGCAAAAAAAAAAAAAAUGUCUUUUUUUUAUUUCAGUAGUCCCAAGGACAUUAACAUUGCUAGCAAGGGACAAAAUUUCAUUGGGAGUGAGGGAGGGUGGAGGAAGGGGAGAGGGGGCAAGGGGUCUUCCAAUGCCAGAAAAUGCAAAGCCAGUCAUCUAACAGACCACCCUGGGGUGGCAGGGAGCUCACUUUUUUUGUGUGUGUGCAACUAAUAAAAGCAGAAAAUGUGAUCUAGAAGCACAUUUUCUAAUAGGAUGUUUUUCUUCUUCUGUGAGGUUUCCAGCCUGCUUGAGUCUAGACAAAUAAAACAGGUUUAUAUGGUCUUAAUUAACUUUUAGCCAUAAGUUACUUUUUAGAGUCAGAGAACUAGGUAAUUUCACAGGACAAGCAAUGGAUUAUAAAAAGCCUUUCACUUCAGGUUACUGUUUGAAAUCCAGUUUGCCUUUUUAUGUGUUUCUGUAUAAUGCCUAUCCCUGUAGAGUAUAAGCAGCUUAACAAAUGUGCCAUUUUAGCUAAAAAAAAAAAGCAAAAACAAAAACAUAAAGGGGGUGGGGAAAAAAGGAAGAUAGCCAUGCCUAGCUUAUUGCUGAAUGAAAUGCACUCCUAUAUUGUAGAUGUUUGUUGUGACUUACGUGAAAUGAGCUUGCUGGAUUCAUCUUUGUUCUUAAUGGAUUGUUAUUACAGUUGCAGCCCUGUUCCUAAUGGACAGCUGUCCACAUUAUAGUGAGUACUAUGAGUUUUAGCAGUAUUCAAUCAACAAACAUUUAUUAAGCAGUCACUGUGUGCCCAGCCGUGUGCUAAGCAUUGCUGUAGUAUCCACAAGAGGCCAAAGACUAAUUGGUUCAUGGAGGUGGCUUUCUUUGGGGGAUGGUGCCUACAAGUCAGGCUUCAGGCGUAUUGUGCAAGUUUUUUUUUUUUCCUAGUUUAACAAGCAUUUAUUAAGCACCUACUCUGUGCAAGGCCCUCCCCUUGCAUAUCCUAAACCUGUACUGUGGUACCUUUCAUCUAAAAUCAUUUCAUGUUGUAAAGGGAAAAAAAAAAGCUUUACAACCAGAGAUAGAGCCUAUUGUGGCAAGUAAAACUGUAUGAUCUUCAAAGAAAAAACUUCUGAUCAUCCUUUGAAACCACUGAAAGAUGUAACAUCAUAUAGCUUGCAAAUGCCAUCGGUUGUGAUCUACUAAACUGGGUGUUGGACUGCUUUAGUUGAUGUGGUUGCUGAGGCCUUCAUUUAAAGAUCCCAUUUCUGGUUCUGAUUGUUGAUUUCAGACUGAAGGAAAGCCAGGAAUUUUCCAUUUUAACAGCUGGGCCCAGCAGUACUGACAGAGGUGAACAUAUGCAGAAUUAAGCCUCACUCACUCAUGCUAUGGAAGCUGUGUGCUAUGUACAAUUUGCACUGGUUUUUUUUUAUAUUUCUUGUAUUGAUAUGAUUUUAUCACCUCAGAUACAGAGCCUUUAAAAUGAAGAUUUCAAAAUAACUGCCAUUUAUGUAAAAUAUUGUUGUGUUGUGACCAAAUUGUAUA